GAGCAACAGCAAUGGACCACCUUCCUUCCUCGAUCUAAAAAGUCCACAUGGGUGGUGUGGGAACGCCCACAUUAUGCCUUAUAGCCUCGAUUAAUUUUGAGCGGCCUGGAUUGGAGGCUACCCACCACGUGGCCAUGCAAUGGAGGUGACCAGAAGCAACUUUCAAGCUACUCUACCACACGUUGCAGACUGUAUUAGCAAGAGUGACUUCAUUGCGAUUGAUACUGAAUUCACUGGUCUGCAUGCUCAUAAAGAUGAUGGACCAAGCUUCUUUGAUUCCAUGGAGGAACGAUACCAGAAGCUGAAGAGGUUCGGUAAAGCAUUCACCAUUUGUCAAUUUGGAUUGUCUGCUUUCAGAAAAGACCCCAAAGCAAACAAGUAUGUGGCUCACACUUUCAACUUCUAUCUGUGCCCAAGACCGUGCGGAGAUGAACUGACUCAUUUCACUCUUCAGGCAUCCAAUGUUGCAUUCCUUUGUGAACACAAGUUCAACUUCAACAAGAUGAUGCAUCAGGGAAUUGGCCACCUAAACAGUCAGCAGGUGGAGUCUGUACGGUCAGCUGUUAGUGAAAGUGAAUUGGAGGAAGCUAUAGGAUUUAGCAAAGUGUUUCAACUGCUGGUAGACGGAAAGAAACCACUGAUGGGGCACAACAUGUUAAACGAUCUAGCCCUAAUGUACGAGAAGUUCCACGGCCCUCUACCAGAACAUUAUGAUGAUUUCAAGCAGGGAAUUCAUAAUUUGUUCCCAGUUGUCAUAGACACCAAGAACCUUUGCUUUGCACUACGGAAGAGACUCUAUGGAACAAAGUUGAUUGAGUUUACUAGUCUGAUGGAUCUGUACGAAGCCCUGGGAAGUCAGAGGGGUACCUACUACGCUCUGUGCUCCCCUGAGAUUGUGUUGGCCGAGGAAGCACAAGUGUACAGUUCUACCAAGGCCCCCCACGAAGCUGGGUUCGAUGCAUACUGUGUGGGAUACGUUUUCCUGCGACUGACACAUUUGGCUGCAAUGAAAGGUGUAGAGAGCUCUCACGCCCACCCAGUUCACCUGAGGCAGUAUUUCAGACUGGUGGGGCCAUUCACAAACAAAGUGAAUCUCAUCAGGGGACCCAUCAAUUGCAUCGACUUGGGAGGCCCAGACCCCGCCCCCUUUCGCUCCCAGUGUCUGAGUAUAACUCGUAAGGAUGGCCAACCACUCACAGUGGAUAUGUUACACAGUGAGUUGGAGUACGGGUCCAUGGAUAUUCGAUUUCCCACGGAUACCACAGCUCAUGUGAUCCUCUCCACGCAGAGAAGAGCUGAUGAGCUAUUACUGACUAGUGAGGAAGGAGGGCCAUUCCAUGUCCAGGUGUAUACACAGGGCUUGGUUGCUAGUAGAAACAUCUGGAAGCUGGCGAUGAUUGGAGUGGGAGUGGUUGGGAUAGUCGGACUCUCUCUAGCAAAACUCAGAACAUACCUUAAUUAAAUAAUUAUUGCACAUUAAUUUUAACUUAAUUUCUCAUUCAUGCAAAUUUUUUGCUUCAUAAACCUGUAUAUGAUAUAUAAUCAUGAUGACAUCAUAAAAAACAA